UCGCGGUGUAAGACGCACGCUUGAUCAUCCCGGUUACCCUUCCAUUUCCACGAGUGAAAAGACGGAAGACCGAGACCGACGUUCGUUUUCCACCCCCGUUCGUCCGUCGAUCGCCGCAAACCUUGCGCGCUAAGGGUUUACGGGCGACCGGUCCGUGUCGCAUAUUUAUGACUCCCGAACCGCUGUAGUCCAACGCCGAGCUAUAUAAUGAUGUACUUCUUUCACCCUCCCCCGCCGUUUUGGAAAACCAUCGCGGCGUCCCGGUACUACAGCUUAUCGAAAACUGUUUAUUAUCGAGUCGAUGGUUUCGCUGUUGGGUUGAAGUUCGAGUAAAACAAAUCGAUAUAUCAGGAAAACAAAGCGGAUGUCACGCUCGUCUUCCAGUAUCCACGCUUCACAUGGAUACGUCUGGCACGCAACAUAAACGUGCAUAAAACGCACCGGUUCCCUAACGACAGUUGGUAGUCACAGUGUGGACAUCAACCUAUACGGUUUUAUCAAAGCAUUUACGUACUACGGAUCAAACCGUGGUUAGGGAAACGGUGCAUUUCAUUCGUAUGGACUUUUCGUUCGACGUUUUGAACUUUCAACACGGCCCCUGCGAUAAAACGCCUCCAUCAUCCGUGACGAUUUCGGAAAACUCGAAAUCUUGCGGACAACCAAACGGUAAAACGUUCAGGCGCCGUACGGGUGUAGGCUUAGAUGCCGUCACCCGUUUCCCCAUGUUUACGAACCGCCCCUGUGAUUUUUCGAACGUAUAGGGUCUUUAUGUCGGACACAAAGUUGAGCGUCUCGGAGUUCCGAUGGUACGCCAUCGACAACAGUGUCUCGCCGGAGUUUCUAUGAACAAGCGUAGAUCACUGAGGGUUUUGACGAUUUCAGACCUUGAACUGUGGGCACCGCGAUUAUGUCGGUUCGUAAUUAGGCUUUUAAUUGCGCUCCCGGAUUCGUUUCAAGCGAGACGUUGGUGUACGUAGGCCGACCGUCGCCGAGGGUUUAAAUACGUAUGCACGUGUGACGGAUUCGUAUCACGAAUCCAACGUGAUAUUUCGAGAAAACGUCGUACACGACCUGACUAUCGAAACGUGCAUAAGUAUCUUAUUACUGCACCGUGUGUUCUUAACGAUCUGUGUGAAGGAGCUGGCACUGUUUAUUUUAGACCUAUCCCCGAGGGGUAUCGGACAUUUUCGAGAGGGAUGUAAUAUGCGGUAUGCUAUAGGAGUAAAUAAUUAAUGAAUAAACUUUUUUGGGGUGGUAUACAUUUUUCUUUGGGGGGAAUGCUCCCUGGUCACCUCCUGAAAUAAAAAAUGCUGACUGGGGUGCUACAUAGGACUGGUUAUUCACAGGAUCACCGGAAGUGACCGCUCUUGGUGAGAAACCAAAGUGGAUACAUGCAAUGCACGGUGGAUUAAGAUUUACAAUUGAUUUGAAACACGUUUACCCGUGAAAUACUAUCCACAGCAGUGGUUAUAACUGAAAUCCAAAACUCUGAAUAAUAAAAAAUUGUCAACCUUAACAAUUAUUUAGUGUACUCAGAUUAUAGGCAUAGAUGAUAAUUCGAUUUUAACUCAAUUUCCAGUACUAGACUCGUCAAGAUUCAUUAUUUUUAAUCUGGGAAGACUACGAAAAAUACUCAGAGUAAGCCUAUCCAAACCCCUCCUUAAGUUGCACUUAUGACGCGACCUCUGACAUUAUACAUCGACACACCGGCCUAUGAAAUACGAUUUGACGUUUAAGUACAUCUGCUGAAAUUCUGUGCAUCUAUUCAAAACGAUUCAAACCGCGGUCGUUCAUUGUUAAUACAUCGGUUAGGUUAGAUUAUUUCGUUUCAUCAUCAUUAUUACCUAUAUGUUUUCGGAUACGUGCUUCCGCUCUCGAUUUAUCCGUCCCAACAGGUUAUCGAUUCUAGGACGAUACAAUGUAGGUAAACUCAUACUAUACGUAUCGGUUUCGCAGCCCCGCCUGUGUUUGCGUGCGCAGUGUUCGGAAAACCAACCUCGCGUUACGGUCUACGUCGAACGACGCCCGCGUUGCGUCAAACCGAUGUCAACAAAUGAAAAAUGAUAUGCGUAGUAUUACGGUUUAAUCGAUUACAGUCGUCACUGUGUACAGAACGUUUCGUGUGACACCAACGGCGCGGCGAAAGAGUUUUAAAUACGCCUAGGCUUCGUGGUGGAAAUCCGGAACGAUUUAUUUUACAGGUGUCACGGAAGCACCAUUCGCGAUGAGCUACUGCAACUACAGUUUACCGUGCCCAGGAGAGUACGGCUUCACUAGGUGCGAGAACCACAUGUGCAUGUGCGACGAGAACUCGUACAAGGUGUACAACGACACGUCCAGGAAAACCUAUUGCCAUUUGUGUUCGAGGUUCCAAGAGAGCUGUGCGAUGAAUAAAUGUUGUCAGAACCCGCAAGCUACUGCGUGCAUCAACGACGUGUGCGUGUGCAGAUCGGGAAUGGAAGAAGAAUGUCUGUCGGUCAUUUACAGAAGCAGAUACACGCCGACGUUGGGCAUUCAAUUGGCUAACACGCUUUCAGUAUCGUUCGCUUUCGUCUUUUUGGCUAUCACAUUCAUCGCUGUCAUUAGGAAAACGUUAUUGAGGUGCAGCUUUUGCAGGUGCGACUCGAUGAGUAGAGUGGCCAGCGACAGUUCGCUGAACGAGUUCAUCAAGCACAAAAUGCAGGACAGACCGCCGUGUUACGAUGACAUCGAGAAAGACCGUAAAGUUCCUAUAGACACGUGCAGCCUGUGGCUACAGCAGCAGCCACCGCCCGAGUACGGCGCGACUCACUUCGGCCAGACCAACACGUCCAGGAGCGCUGCGAACCGGACCCUGUCGAUCAGCGACGAAGUAGAAAUGCACUCGGCUCCACCAAACUACUCGACUUUCACCACGGUCACCGACGUUACCGCAACGAUCCCCGGCCGGUCCGGAAGUGCCAGAAACAACUCUCAAAACGAAAUCAUCCUCACGCAACCUAUCUACAUAAAUCGUGACAGCUGUCUGAAGUACACGUAGAACGUACAGAUGAUACGGAGAUGGGUCGGCGUACCGGGAAACUGGAAAAUUAAUUUAAAUAUUUUGAACAUUUUUUUUUUUU